GCUGAUCUCCUUCUCUGCUCUAUUCUCACUUACAAACCCGAAAUCUCCCAAAUUUAUGACGUACGAUAUUACAAUACAACCAACCCUUCGAAACAAAAAUUCGAAUUCUUCACACAAUCCUGCGAAUUUCUAAAAGAUCACUCAGAGCUCCUUUCUCACAAUCUAAUUGAUUAUCACUUAUCAGAGGUUGAUCGCCCCCCUCCUGAACCACCGUCGAUUCAGGAAAAUGACAUUGAAUGGAUUGCUUUCAUUCCGGUGGUUGGUGAAACCGAAACAAUUUUUGCACUUGACUCCUUACCGAUGGAUGGAAAAACCGCCAAGUUUAAUAAUUCCUUUUCGGUGAUAGAUCAAACUGGACCCAUUUUGAGUACCAUGAGUAGUCACAUUGCGGUACGAGUCUACAUUGUUGCAGGGUUAUUGAACACGAGUGCUUUUGUAUGACGAUUUUGUUCUUUGUCUCACCCUAGUGUAAUAUUGAACGCUAUGAUUGUAAUGCUUCGACUUUGGAUUGUUAUGUUUCUUGCUAACCUUUUUUUUAAUAAUGUUUCUUGUUAACCUUAUCAAUAAUAAUUAAGUUAUUUUCUUUCAAAAA